GGAAGGAAUCAAAACAGUUUACAACCAUCUUGCUGCAAAAUUAAAGACUCUUCCAGAUAAAAUGAGUCAUGAUGUAAUGGUUCCAUUUGGCCCCCUUGCAUUUUCCCCAGGUAAACUGAUCCACACUAAUGAAUUGCUUGUUCAUCUUGGAGACUCCUGGUUUGCUGAGGUUACUUGUAAACAGGGAUUAAAGAUUAUUGAUCACAGAUUGGCAGCUGUAGAUAAAAACAUUGAAGAUAUUGGUUUCACUGUAAAAAAUUUCAAGAAGAAAUCUGAAUUUUCCCAACAUUUAAAUAAUGAUGGAGAUAAAAAUGCUGUGGAAAUCAAAGAGGAGGUUUCAAAUCAAUAUUUGCACCCAAGCAGACGUAAACGAAUAAGUCGUGUGAAGGAAAAGUCUCCUGUUCGGUCAAAAGUUGUUGAUAGGAAUCCAACUAAACCACCAAUAGUUGAUGAAGGAAUAAAAGAAAAAUGCUUUAAUGAUGGGGCAUUCAUGUCACGCUUGGAUGAACUUGAGAAGUUUGAGGAAGAAGAAGACAGAUUAUUGUUAGAAAGCAAUUUAUUAGAAGACAAUGAGAAUCCUGAUGUUAGAAUUCAAACUUCAACAUCUGACUCCAAGAAAAGAGUAAGUUGGAGUUCAAAGGUUAUUCAAGGUCAUGAUGCUGACAGCGAUGAUUCUGAUGAUGUCACAAACACUACUACCAUCAAAAUUACCCACACGAAUGUCACAUCACAUCCUUCCAACUCAAAGCAAGGGACAUCUGAUAUUACUUCUCCUGCGGAUAUUGGAAGAAAAACUUCAGAGCCGAAGUCUAUUUUAAAACCAACUUCUUCUGGUCCUAAACCUGAAUCAAAUGAUUCCAAUCCAAUAUUACCUGAUCGUAGCCAAAUAUCCAACAUAACAACUGUCAGAACUGCGGAACGAAAAUUUGAUGUUGUCAUAUCAGAUUACGUACAAGAGCAUAAAGAAACAAUCAAACAGCCUGUAGUGCCAAUCACAAAACGGCCCGUUUCUAAAUUUAAAAGUUCCCGAAUAAAAUAAACUGGCCCUACUGUUAUUUUAUAAUCGUACAAGGAGUUUAACUGUUCAUAUAUCCUUCUUUUUUAUUAAGUACAAUAAAAAGCUAUCAGUUGUAAUCUUAAAA